AUGUCUCCUGAAUUAAAAUGUGGUGAUUUGUUACUAAAGUUAGAUUUGACAGAACCCAGCGAAAGUGUACAGAAUAAGGCUUUAGAGGAACUAAGAGAAAACCCACAAAAUAUUCAAAAUGGUUUAAAAGAAUUGCAAAGUCGUUUAGAAGCUGAAACAGAUUUAAAUAUACCCAAGACAAAUAAGGAGUGGUUGAUGAAAUUUCUGAGACCUUGUCAUUUUUAUCCAGAAAGUGCCAGAGAUUUGAUCAGACGUUACUAUAAUCUACGUCGCAAAUAUAACGAAAUUACCAACUUCUUAAUACCCAGUAAAUUGAAAAAUGUAUUCGAGGCUAAUUUGGUAACCAUAUUACCUCAACGAGAUCAAUAUGGUCGUCGCAUAGUAGUAUCAUUAGGUGGCAAACAGUGGAACCAUAAACUCAUACCCAUAGAUGAUGUCUUUAGCAGCAGUACUUUAUGCUCUGAACUCCUUCAAUUGGAACCGCAAACCCAAAUAAAUGGCAUUGUCUAUAUAAUGGAUAUGGUGGGUUUAUCAUUUUCUCAAGCUCUCCAUUUUACACCCUAUAAGGCCAAACGUCUUCUGGACCAUAUACAAAAUAAUAUACCCCUAAGAGUUAAGGCACUGCAUAUUGUCAAUCAACCAAGAAUCUUUCAACCGAUAUUUGCUGCAGCUAAACCAUUUUUCACCUCCAAAUUUGCAAAUCGUAUAAUUUUACAUGGUUGCAAUUAUGAGUCCCUACAUCGUUAUAUAUCGCCCGAAUGCCUGCCAGCAUGUUAUGGCGGCACAAUGAAUUCAGAAUUGAUGUAUGGCAGGGAAACGUACGAAUUGCUGUCUUACUAUGAGAAAUAUUUUGAAAGUUUACAAAUGUACGGUUUUAAAAAGGAAAGUUGAAAUAAUUUAAUUAUAAAAUAAUAAAAUUAGGAGGAUAUAGAGUAUAAAAAAGGUUAAAUAAAAUAUACCCACUGCUUUGAGUGGGAUCUAAUUUUCGAUUUUAAA